AUGAGUCUUUCGGAAGAUGAAUCUACUUCAGAUGAAGAAUAUAUCCCCCCAGUUAAAGCUUCUAAAUUGGGAGAGGACUCAGAAAGCGAAUAUAGCGAUGAGUCAGAAUCAGGAGACUCAGACUGUAUUAGUGGUAAAAUCAUUCCCUCCCUCGAUCUGUCCCUAGAUAGUUUAACCAGUCGGGCAAGUAAAAACGUCCUUCUAAAAGGGACUCGAAAAAAUCCAAGCGCUGAAAAAGUAAAUGUUGUAAAAAAGUAUCAGUUUGCUGGUGAGGAAGUUGAAGUCAUUGAGGCUGUUUCAAACUCGAAUCGAACUAAAGGUCUAGGUGUCUCACAUAAUAAGACUUCAACUGAGACAAAUCCCCUCAAACCAAAAGCACCGUCUUUGGGACUCGGUCUAACUAACGCUCUGCAGAACUUGAAAUCCACGAUAAAUAGCCUACCCAAGUUGUCUACCUUAGAAAAGUCGCGUCUUGAUUGGAAGCAAUAUGUACAGAAAGAAUCUUUGGAAGAUGACCUUAAAGCCCACAACAAAGGGAAAGAAGGGUAUCUGGAAAGGCAAGCAUUCUUCAAUAGAGCAAGUGAACGUGAAUAUCAGUAUGAACGACAAUUGAAAAAGUCAGCAUCGAGUCGGAAAACCUGA